ACUAAGCCUAGUCCCGUCGGUGACGCUACAGUAUGCCGUCGUAUCUCGCCGUGUACGAGGAUUCAGCCCCGUAUUUCACUUACACUGGAGGAUGGAGAGCUGGGACGUCUUCGGACGAUAGAAGUGCUGAUAGAUACUCAGAAAGCAGUUUCACUGUCACAGAUUCGCCAGGCGCGACGUUCUCAUUCAUCUUCUACGGAACAGCUGUCUCGAUCCAUGGUGCCAAACGCGGGAACCAUGGACCCUACCAAGUAACCGUCGAUGGACAACUUUUUCCAACCGAGAGUGGCCAGUCGACCCCCGACCAAUUCAACGUGACACUCUUUUCCACCAUUCUCGCCAAAGGCCAGCACACAGUUCAGCUACAGAACAGCGGGAGGUCGUUUAGAGACAUUGAUUAUGUUACCUGGGAGGCCAGUGUAGGAGAGCCCGACGAACCUUUGAUCGUGAACACGGUCCAGGAUAAUCACCCGACCUUUGAGUACACACCAACGACAGAUUGGACGACGGAACCGCCCCUCGUCGGAACCUAUUCCGGUGCCAACGGACAUGCAACAGGGACGGUGGGCGCGAGCGCUGUCCUGACAUUCAGAGGUGAUGCCAUUGCUCUUUACGGGCCUUCAGGACCCGACUGUGCAGCAACCUAUUCUGUCCAGGUUGACGGGCGACCGAGCCAGUCAUUUAGUGCCCUGAAGCAGUUCUAUAGGGCACGACAGUUGCUUUACUACGGUGCCAACUUGGGACCUGGGGAACACAAACUCACAGUUACCCUUACCUCGAACUCGAAUCCGGGACAGCUACUUGCGAUUGACUAUGCUGAAAUAUACACCGCUCCAUCACUGGGUGGAAGCUUCGCACCUCUGGACGGUUCAACGAGCCUUCCAAUAGGUCUAAUCGCAGGCCUCGCAGUCACCUCCGCACUAGCCGUGGUCUGCCUCAUCUUCCUCAUCUACCUUCUCGUUCUCUGCAAGAAAGGUCGUAUCAGGAGGUGCAACGACAAAGACGACAUGGCACGCGGAGCGGUGAACAUCGAAGGAGCUGCCACUGGCACCAACUUCAACCCUUCGCUCAUGCCAUUCGAAGUAGAACCUUUGCAGGUUUCCCAGUUCCGCCAGGCGGGGAGUAGCACCCAGGGCACGUCUUCACUAUCGUCGUAUCCGGCGCAGUCACAGUACCCGCACUAUCAGACACAGACAUAUCCGGUAUCGAGCUCAUCAAACAGUACCGGACCAGGCGGAGACCUCGACGAUCACCUCGAAUUCUAG